AUGGGUGUUACAUUGUCGUGCAAGGCGAUGGGUCAAAUGAAUGUUUCUAUUCGGCCAGGCUUUUCAUCCUUCGGGAAACAUUUCGUUUCCGGAAGUAUAAAAAGAAGUGAAUAUCUCCGGGUGUGGCGAAGUUUCCGAAUUCCUCAACACCUGAAGACGCUGGGUUUAGUGCUGGAAUUUUUCUAUCCAGUAAAAGAGAGCCUCCACAACGGUUUACCGCCUCAUAGUGGCGUGGAGGUGACACUGGGCGUCGAACUGCGAUGCACAGCGGAGGUUGGGCGACGACCUGUGGUGAAAGCUAAGCUCGCCGUGGCAUGGCUGCUUAGUUUGGGGAAAAGUCUCUUUGCCACUCCAGCAUAUUCACUGCCUCAGUACCCUGCACACUGGGCCCUGCCGUCUCAGACGUCGGACGGUAUGGCGACCGGUGAGAGGCGAUCAAAUCUCAGGUUGCUCAGGACGUCAUUGAUUCUGGACCAAGGCGACACACGCACGACCCGCCAUGGAGACUGUCUCAGACUGUGUACUUACAACGCGAGAACAGUUUCCAAAGACGCCGACCUGCAUUCCCUUCUCGGAGCUGCAGAGCGUAUCAAAUUUCACGUGAUUGCUCUGCAGGAGACCAAGUGCAGAAGGAGCGACGUACGACAGAUGAAUGACGGUACACUCGUCAUUCGUGGAGAGAAGGUUCCGUCGCGAAAUGUAGGCGGUGUUGGUUUCGUUGUGCACCCAUCUGUCGUCCAUCUCGUCGAUUCUCACGAGAUCCUGUCACCUCGUCUGGCCAUUCUUCGCCUCCGCCCUCUGCGCCAAAAAUCCAUCAGUAUCAUCAACUGCUAUUCACCAACAUCAGCAGCUGAUGAUUCCGAAUUGGACGCGUUUUACGAGGAGCUGGAGGAAGUAGUCCACAACGAGAAGUCCUUUUACAAGUUCGUUGUCGGAGACUUCAACGCAAAACUAGGAAAGGCCACAGAAGAGGAAUACAGGAUUGGAAGAUUUGGACUAGGGGACCGGAAUGAAAAUGGCAAUCGUCUCGCCGGGCUGUUGUCCGCCGCUCGCCUCUUUCAUGGGAACUCUCUUUUCAUGAAAAAAGAUCAUCGUCGGUGGACAUGGGAAUCGCCCAAUGGCGCGACUCGUGCGGAGAUCGACCACAUACUCACCAACCGGAGGUGGUGUCUAUUUGACGUCUCAGUAGUACCAUCCUUUUGUAGUGGUUCUGAUCACCGUCUCCUUCGUGCGAAAAUACGACUUAGCCACACGAUGGAAAAGAACAUGUGCUAUCGGCAACGAAGGAGAAAAGAAGUCGUCUACGACGAUUGCGUACUCGAGGACUCCCUGUCCCAAGGUGACUGGCACAUCGAGGAGGACCCAAACGUGGACUACGAGAUGCUGCUCAGAGGAUUACGAGCCUGUGCUGAACGUGCCUCGAAGUCGCGCACGACAAACUUGGAUCGAAUUUCGAAGACCACCAAGGAAUUGUUAGGAAGAAGAAGGGCUUUGAGGCUUGAUCCGAAUGCAUCGCACAUUGAGCGGUUAGUAGCAAACACUAGCUGCAGAAAAGCGUUGCAGGAGGAUCUUUUGAAGUACAGGCAGAAGAAGAUUCUAGAAGCAGCACAAAGAAGAACGAGUCUAAAGAAGUGCCGCAGGGAUCUCCGCGAAUAUAAUAUUCCGCUAGCAACCUUGCUGAGCGAAGACGGGACUCGCACGUCUUCUCGUCGUGAGAUGGAAAUCAUUACGGAGAGGUUCUACUCGAACCUUUUCCGUUCAUCAACUCCUGUGUCAAGCCCAAUCAUCCCCACUGGCGAAGCUCCACCACGGAUUCUCCCUUCGGAAGUACGAGUCGCUAUCAAGAGCAUGAAACCUGGCACAGCCCCCGGACCUGAUUUUAUAUCAGCAGACUUUCUUCGGGCUGGUGGCCAUCCGCUUCAUGUAAUCUUAGCAGCGCACAUGACAUCCUAUCUUCAGAAAGAAAGGAUCCCAGACCAGUGGAAGACCUCGCGAACCGUUCUUAUCCAUAAGAAAGGUGACCGAGAGGACCUUCGGAACUACCGUCCGAUAUGCUUGCUGAGCGUGUUAUACAAAGUAUUCACCAAGAUCAUCCUCACACGCAUAUCUAGGACGCUGGAUGAAGCCCAGCCUCAAGAACAAGCUGGAUUCCGCCAAGGGUUCAGCUGCUUGGACCACAUCCAGACCGUGUCGAGGGUCAUAGAGGUUUGCCGGGAAUACCGCCUGCCCCUAGUUCUAACCUUCGUCGACUAUGAGAAAGCCUUUGACAGCGUAGAAACGAAUGCAAUACUGUCAGCGCUGGUCGAUCAAGGUGUGGACGCGUCGUAUGUGAGGACAUUAGCCAAUUGCUACGAACGAUGCACGACUAGGAUACAGCUUUUCCACCGCCCUCUCACCAUACCCAUUGGAAAGGGGGUACGACAAGGCGAUACUAUAUCGCCGAAGCUGUUCACGGCUGCAUUGCAAUGGAUAAUGAAAUCACUAUCCUGGGAAGAAAGGGGCAUACGUGUUGAUGGAAGAUUUCUUUCGAACCUUCGUUUCGCGGACGACAUCGUUCUCUUUUCGAGCAGUACCAAUGAAGCAGAAACGAUGCUCAACGAAUUGAACGAAGCAGGGAAGAGAAUAGGACUACGAAUAAACAGAAAGAAGACACAGUUCAUGAAGAACGCGCACUGCGAGGACGGAGGAGUACAACUUGAAGGCUCCCAAAUCGUGGAAACUCCGUCAUACGUAUACCUUGGACGUUCUAUGAACAUGGAAAACGACUUGAAGGAAGAACUGAAUAGAAGAAUGAGAGCAGCAUGGGCAGCAUUCGCAGCCGUCAGGGAAGCUACGGACCAACUGACGGACCAUGAUCUUCGUGCCCAUCUGUUCGACUCGACAGUCCUUCCAGCGCUCUGUUACGCAGCGGAGACGUGGGCAGACACCGCAGCCACGUCUAGGAAGCUACUUACUACCCACAGAGCCCUUGAGAGAUGUCUCUUGAAGUUUAACCGGCGCACACAACACCUUGCCGGUCUUCGUAGCUCCGACUUAAGAGGAAUGUCCCGUCUUCGCGACCCAGCGGAAUAUGUAUCGAAAGCAAAACAUAGAUGGGCCGGUCACAUCAUGAGAAGAAUCGACGAUAGAUGGACUAAAAGAACGCUAGAGUGGAUCCCAAGGGACGCUAAACGCCCCCCGAGGGAGACCGCCAACGAGAUGGAGACCUCGUCAUCGUCACUCACGAAGCUUGAGAACAUCUUGGAUGACAAUGGCGAGGGAACGAAACGAGUGGAAGAGAUGCUGGGGCCCGCACGUCGAGUGAAGACGGGCCAUCUAAGCGGAGUACCAUCGAAAUAUCUCCUUAAUUCAUUCAACAGUAAAUUCUCUUCUGCCAAGAAUCCAAGAAUUUGGUUCACUUAUCCAAGUGUUGAAUAG